GUUGUUAUAGCAAUAAAAGACGUCCUCAGCUGCCAGCUUUUGUUUUUGCAAUAAAAAAGCCCUUGUCAACUUUUUCUUUUCAAAUAAAAUGCCAGCUGUGAACAUGCCCUUACAUCAUUUGCUUACCAGUGGAUCCUCUGCAGUGAAUGGUUUAGGACAUUCCUCAUUAUACGAAUGACAAGGACUGCACUUUAACACAGGAAAUAUAAAGGAAGUCAAACUGAGCUAGUGCACACUGUGUUAGUAAGGACCAUCGUUUGAUGCACAAUGAAGCUCCUUUCACAUGUCCUUUUGCUGGUUCUAAUGUUAGCUUCACAGAAAUGUCAGGAAUCAGAAGAUUUUACUGAUUAUAUACUUCAAGACUAUGGAGAUUUGGAUACAUUUCUAAUCACUGAUGACUACACCGAGGAGUAUGAAAGUCCAGAUGUUCCAGAGCCCAACAUCACAGUGUACCAACAGAUGGAGGAUGGAGAGAAAGUGGUCGUACUGUGCGAGUUUACCCAAAUGUUUCAAUGGAGAUUCAGAAUUCAGUCAUAUGAGUUGUUUGUAGAGAGCGAACUGAACUACACCAUAGAACUACUGAAAUGCUCUUCUUUAAAUUCUUCAGAAAUAUGUGUGUUUCUGGUCACAGUGAGUCCACCGGCUUCAUUCACCUGUGUGGAUGAGUUUAAGUCAGGUUUAGAUGUCAGGAACCUGCGCAGCCAGACCUACAAUUACAACAGAUCAGUCUUUGAUCAUCACGAGGAAGGACUAUCUUUAUCCUACAUCUGCUUUUCCUCUUUCAUUGCUGUUGGUCUGUUCAUCAUGACUGCAGCAGUGAUUGUGACCCACAUAAGGAGCAAAACUAAAGACUCCAUCAACCCCACAGCAGUUACAAACAAUGACUAUGAGGAAACAUAACCACUUUCAGAAAAGAAUAGUACAAGCCUGAAGAAAAACAAAACAGUAUAAAAAUUAUAUAUGAAUUAAAAAACUAUUCCUUGCAAUUCCUGAUUUUUUUAUUUUAUUUAGAAUUUAUGAAAUAUAUUAAAAGCACUAUUUUAUAAAAAUUUCAUUUGUAAAGGGUUUUAAAAAAAUACAUUUUACAAGAUUUUGCUUAUGCUGUAACAUCCCUCAUUUGUUGGUAUUUUUGGAUACAAAUCUUUGUUAUAUAAAAAUAACUGCUUCCCUUUCUGCUGUAGCUUUGAAUUGUCUAAAUUCAGCAAGGGGCAGAAGCUGAUGUAUAUAACAAAUAUGUUUUUAUAAGAAAAUAAAAGUGAAUACUUGCAUGUAUUAAUGUGAUCUGUGCUUUUUUCUCAUCUUGAAUAAUAAAAAUUAAAUAAAGCAGUAUU